ACAGAAGAAGAAUGCUGCAAGUUGAAAUUAAGUGUCAUACUUCAUAUUAUUUACAAAGGUUUGUUCCGUAGAAUGACAUAUGAAACUAAAAAUGAUAUUUAUAAUUGAAAAGGAUACUUCAAAAUCGAAAAUAGUUAGGAAAAUACUAUUUUAAUGAUGAAAUUACAACUAUUUUGACAUAAUAGUUUCUUUAAAUUAAUUUUUACGUUUAUCUAUGGUUUAAUAGUUUUGUGGUUUUGGUUUAUUAUAUAGUAGAAGCAUGUUAAAAAAGAAGAAAAGAAACUGGCUGUUAUACGUCAAAUUACUUUUAAAACUUAUAAAAACUUAUUUUGAAAAUUGAAAUUAUAUUAAAAUAAAAAUCAAAAUUCAAAAUUAUAAUAAAAUGGUGGUUACAAUAUUUUGGAUGCAAUCUUGGAUAAGUUUGAUGAUAGCUGUAGUUAGCUUAAUUAUAUUAAUAUUAUUCAUAGUUUUCUGUAUUUGUUUUGGUAGUAAGAAAAAAGAUAAUCGCUUAUAUAUAGUAGAUGAAAAAGAUUCAACAAAAAAUAACGUAAAAAAGGAAAUAACAACGACUUCCACGUAUAAUUUGAACAUAUUUAGAAGGUUAUCUAGUCAUACAGAGCCUGAAAAUACGUUCACUUCAAAGCAUUUACCAUUCUAUAAUUUAAAAGAUGGAAAAAGAAACGAAUCCGACUUUGUUGACUCGUUAGAUGGUUCAAAAAGUUUUGAUCAAUUAAUAUUGAAAUUUAAAGAUACUGAUGUUUCUUCAAUUCCUAAAGACGAAAUUAGACCCUGUGAUAGCUCUGAGUCUCUAAAUAGUUUUUAUUCGGCACAUCGAUCAACAAAAGGAACUUCAAGAGAAAGUUUUUUCAGUUUAAUAUCAGAAUGUUAAAUUAAUAAUGUUGAUUAUUAAAUUUUGUUUUAAACGAAAAUCAAUGUUAAUAAGACUGAACUGUUAUUUAUUUAAGAUAAAAACAUAUAUUUUUGAA